CGAUGGGAUAUUGACACGUGACAGCCUCUGAAUUCGACCGUUGCUGCUUUGCUGGUAGACGUUUUUUUCCUCUUUUUAAAAUUUCGUCCCUUUCUUCUUCAUUCCAUGAUUCCAUCUGUAUUCAUUUGUAAAUUGGUCUCUCUUCUCUUUCUCUCUCUCUCUCCUAUUCUUUCUCUCUAUCUUGGUUCAUCGAUCUCUUUCAUGGGAAUAUCUACGGAGACGCAGCAGCAGCACGAGAAGGAGAAUGCACAAAAGAGAUGGACUUUGAGCGAUUUCGACAUCGGAAAGCCUCUUGGUAGAGGGAAAUUUGGGCAUGUCUAUCUAGCAAGAGAAAAGCGGAGCAAUCACAUUGUGGCUCUAAAGGUUCUUUUCAAGAGCCAGCUUCAACAAUCUCAAGUUGAACACCAGCUUAGGAGGGAAGUAGAGAUCCAGUCUCAUCUUCGCCAUCCCAAUAUUCUACGCCUCUAUGGUUAUUUCUACGAUCAGAAAAGAAUUUACUUGAUUUUACAGUAUGCAGCUAGAGGUGAACUUUACAAAGAGCUUCAGAAAUGCAAGUACUUCAGCGAACGUCGAGCAGCGACUUAUGUUGCGUCAUUGGCGAGAGCACUCAUCUAUUGCCAUGGAAAGCAUGUAAUACACAGAGAUAUAAAGCCAGAAAACCUAUUGAUUGGUGCUCAGGGUGAGAUUAAAAUUGCAGACUUUGGAUGGUCAGUACACACAUUCAACCGGAGAAGGACUAUGUGUGGAACUCUUGAUUACCUUCCACCUGAGAUGGUGGAAAGCGUAGAACACGAUGCUAGUGUCGAUAUCUGGAGUCUUGGAGUUCUCUGCUAUGAGUUUCUUUAUGGUGUUCCUCCUUUUGAAGCUAGGGAGCAUUCAGAUACGUACAGAAGGAUUGUGCAAGUGGAUCUGAAAUUUCCUCCGAAACCCAUUGUGUCUUCAUAUGCAAAGGACCUGAUUAGCCAGAUGCUUGUUAAGGAGUCUACGCAACGUUUGGCCUUGCACAAGCUUCUGGAGCAUCCGUGGAUUGUGCAAAAUGCAGAUCCUUCAGGCAUCUACAGAGGUUGAAGAAGCUUCUUGUUUACAUGAAGAGAAGAACAGAUUGCACUCUUGGCCAAUUCAUCAGUCUAUAAUCUAGUUGUGUUGCUAUUUUUUGUAUCAUAUAUGUUAACAAUGUUUACGGCAACGAGCUUCGUGUAACUUUGACACCAAUUACUUUCGAAUCUUAACUCAGUUACUUCUUUCUUACAAAUAGCUUCGUCUGGUUCGUCCAGGAAGUGUUGAAACGUGUUCGAAUCAUUCAAAGGGAAUAUAGGUUUUAGUCGUCAG